AUGCUUGAUCCCAUUUCUUUCGCCAAACAAUGCGAGGAACUCGUCUGGAACUCUCCAAACUCAAUGGAAAGUAACAAAACUCGGCGUCAUUUCUUUGCCCUGUACCAUAUAGUCGUGGCGGUCGGCGCGAUUGUCGCUGGCUCUUGCAUCACUCAGGACUUUGAGCGCGAUAUCAACAUCUGCAUGAAGCUCCCGGCUCAAGGGCAAGAUUUCAAUCCUUCUCGGUUAAGCCAAGAACUCUCGAAGAAGUACUUCCAGAAGUCCAGGAUGUUGCUCGGAGAUGUGUUUGAAGUUUGCUCUCUGGAGAGCGCCCAGACACUUCUCCUUAUGAACUCUCUGAAACCCCACGCUUGCUACAUGUAUUGCGGCCAUGCCGUCCGCACUGCACUAGCCAUCGGUAUCGCAAGAGAAACUCCAUCCAACUCGGUUGAGGAUCGCAAGGCAGCACGAAGAACGUGGUGGUGCAUUUACUCUCACGAGAUUGACAUGAGCUGCAGUGCAGGUCGUCGCGAUAGUCUUGGCAAGCCUAGGAAUUACCAGAUCGAUUUGCCUCAUAUCAAAGGGCAAGAUGUUGCUAUAUCAAACCAGUCUGACCUCGAAAAUUGCAGUGCAGCCAUGAUCAAUGAGAUGGUUCAUUUUGCUGCUGUCCUACGGCGCCUCUCGAAGGAACUGUACUAUGAUUCGAAGGGUCUUACUUUGCUUCAAAAGUCCGCCGUUGCGAAAGAGCUCGAUCGCCUGCUUGACGACUGGAAGGCUAAGCUGCCAACUUAUCUGGACUUCACAGCCGUGUCAUUCCGGGAGCAGGAAUGGGCAGCUAAGCAGAAGCUUGUACUCCAUCUCAGAUACCUCAACGCAAGAAUUGUUCUGCAUCGCCCUUUUCUCGAACAGCCUAUGCUCACGGCAGAAGCGAACAUGUCUACACACGCUGAGUUAUGUUUGGAUGCCGCACGAAAGACUAUUUGUGUCAUGUAUGAUGCAUACGCAAAUAGACACUACUUCCGCACUUGGUGGUACAACUCCACGUACACCUUGUACGCUGGGAUGAUCGUGCUGUAUAUCAUCAUGCUUGGUCCUACAGCUGUUCCAUCAGAGGACCUCCUCGCCGAUGCUGUAAAAGCGCAUGAUAUAUUGCAAUCAAUGGAGGAGGCUACUGUUGCUCGAAGGAGUGCGAGUCUGAUUCAAGAAGGACUAGAGGUAGCGCGAGCAUGCGUGCAGCGGCAACAGAGCAGGCCUGAUGGCUAUGCGGAACUGCCGAUUUUUGAUGGUACACAGGGUGACUCGAACAUUAUUGCAGAUCAGUUUUCUAGUGCUGUUUCGGGACAGGAUCAUGCGUUGUUGGCUUCGAUCAUUGAUCCGAACUUGCUGCAAGAUUUCAUGGCGGCGGAUCAGGAUGCUCUCGGAUUGGGGUUUGAGAUGCCAUCUUUGGAUGGGUUGUAUGGUGAAGCAUUGGAUGUUGAUACUAUGUCGAUGAUGCCUUGA